AUGUCCUUGUCUCGGCAGAUGCUCUGUGAUGUUGACCAGGUAACAGCAGUGCGAUUCAUCCUGCGGCAGCCGUCCCCAGUCUGGCUCCACUUCACCAUUGAGGAGCUGCAGAUUUACCCCCCCAGCCAGAAGAGUCCACAGAAAGAUUUUCCCGCCUGGCUUUCCCAGCUGACUCCUCCGGAGCAGCCAGCCAACCUGUACGGGGAACUCCCUGAUCCAGAGAAGGUAUCGACGGAGGUCCAGCAAAUGUGGGUGUUGACGGAGGUGAUCCGUGCUCGCCAGGCAGCUGCCCGCAUCGGCCGCUUUGAUGUGGAUGGCUGCUACGACAUCAACCUACUUUCCUACACGUGAGCCAGCUGGUGGGACACCACUCCUCUGCGAUGCUGGGGCCCAAAGGGGACAUGAGGGGCUCCCGUGCUCCCAAAUUUGCCUUUGUCCCUCCUGCACUGGGCUAUUUCCAGGCCCUACCUGUUCCUGUUCCUUUCCCCAACUCUUUUUGUACUAGCGCUUGGUGGCGGGCAGCACUGCCUCCCCAGGAGCCUGGGGAGGGCUCUGUAUGAGCCUCUUGCUACACUGGUGCCCUCUGGUUCCUGCGGUUUGCUGCUGGCUUGUCCCAUCCUGUCGCUCUGGGCCAUCCUGCUCGCUGCCAUAGGCAAAGGCGGGCUGCGCAACUGUAACUGCCUUUGGGAAUGGUCCCUGGCCUUAUCUCUGCAAGCAGCUGCUCCUGGAGAUAAAGGGAGGGGGCUGUGGCUGGUGGCUGCUUCUCUCUCACAGGGCCAUCCCAGGACAAAGUUAACGGCUGAGGACGUGCCUGCGGCACAGCACUACCCUGCUCGCUCUGGAAGAGACUAAAUCACAACUAAAAGCUGCUACCUUG